AUGGCGUUCCCGGAGCUGCUUGCGCGGCAGGCAUCCAUCUAUUCGCUCACGCUCGACGAAUUCCAGGCGACGUUCGCAGGCCCGUCGCACGCCGUCGCAUCCAUGCCCAUGGACGACUUCCUGCGAUCCGUCUGGCUCGCCGAGGAGUCGCACAUGCUCGCCGCCGCGCACGCCGCGGGCAGCGCGGAUCCGCGCGCGCGCGACAAGGCCGCGGGGCUGCUCCGCGCGCGCUCGAUGCGGCGGCAAAAGUCCGCCGCGGCGCUUCCGCGCGCGCUGACUGCGCGGACCGUGGAAGACGUGUGGAAAGACAUUCAGGCGGAAUUAAGGGGGGAGGGAGAAGCUGCGGAGGCGGGCGGAGCGUUGGCGGAAGGAGCGCGCGGAGGGGGGGAGGCGCAGCAGCAUCAAGCGCAGGGGCAGGGGCAGCAGCAAGUACGGCAGUUGUCGUUUGCAGAAAUUACGCUGGAAGAUUUUCUGGUGCGUGCAGGGAUUUCUAAAGAAGAUCUUAUAGGGGGAAUGGAGGCGUUGGGGGGAGAGCAGUGGAAUGGGGAGGAGGCGAGUGGCGGAGUGGGCAGUAGUGCGCGGAGAGAGGGGGAGGGGGGAGCCGGUGGGGGCGAGGGGGGAGUGGGGGGGCCAAUAGCGGGGCGGGGGGAAGGCGGAGGGGGAGGAGAAGGGGUGCAAGCAGGGGGCGCGGAUGGGCGGCUGGGGAGCAUGGGGGCGAAUGGCAGCAGUGUUGACGUGGCACAUGAUUUAAAAGCUACAGCAGGGGGAACAGGGUGGGCGUUCCACCCACAUUCGGGGGCAGCAGGGCAGGCACAGUCACUACCGUUACAGCUCCACAAAAAUCAGCUUCACCCGCAGCAGCAGCAGCAGCACCAUGGGCAGGGGCAAGGGCAGCAAGGGGGGCAGGGCGGGGGCGAAGGGGGGCGCGAGGGUGGGGGAGGCGGAAGGGGAGGAAGAGGAGGCGAGCAGGCGAUGCAGCAGCAGCAGGCAGUGGUGGAAAUGGCAGCAGCAGCAGUGGCGGACGCAGGGCACAGCCACGUGGCGUCUGUCUUUGCCGCCACGCGCCACGCCGCCGCCGCCGCUGCUGCCCUCAACGCGCUCGGGUCACUCGGGUCGCUGGGAGCGUUGGGGCCGCAUGGAGGGGGGCUGCUGGGGUCACUGGGAGUGCAGGGAGCAAUGGGAGCAAUGGGGUCGAUGGGACCCGCCCCUGCUGGUGACCUUGCCAUGGGGACGGGUAUGGGGGGAGGAAUUGGGGGAGGCAUGGGCGGAGGCGUGGGGGGAGGCGUGGGGAUGGGUGGGGGAAUGGUGCCCACUACGUAUGGCGUGGGCGCAGGCAUGGGGGCAGGCAUGGGCGCAGGCAUGGGCGCAGGCAUGGGCGCAGGUGUGGGCGCAGGGGGGCUGGCGGGGAUUUCUGGGACGAGCAUGGUGGUGGCGGAUGGGGUGGGGGGCGGGGGGGAGAGGUGGGGAGGCAGUGACGGCGGAGGGGGAGGGGGGCAGUCAGAUACAGGCGGGGGGAGUGGGGAUGGGGACACGCUGAGCGGGGGCGUGGGGGGGAGUGCGGGGCGGAGGGGGAGGAAGCGGAUUGGGGAGGGGGGAGGGGCGCCGGUGGAGAGGAGGCAGAAGCGGAUGAUCAAGAAUAGAGAGUCGGCCGCUCGGUCUCGUGCAAGGAAGCAGGUGGGGGAACUUGCUGGAGGGCUCAGAAUGGAGGAGAACCCUCCCCCUCCCCCUCAGCCCAUUCCCCUUGUCACCACAUGCCAUGCCCCCCUCCCCUCCUCCCCCCCUGCCAGGCGUACACACCACAUGCCAUGCUGCCCUCCCCACCCUCCCCUCCAGGCGUACACAGUGGAGUUGGAGGCGGAGGUGGCGCAGCUGAAGGAGGAGAGCCCUCCCCCUCCCCCUCAGCCCCUUCCCCCUGUCACCACAUGCCCCCUUCCCACCCCACCAGGCGUACACUGUAGAGCUGGAGGCGGAGGUGGCGCAGCUGAAAGAGGAGAACGAACAGCUGCGCUCCCAGCUGCUGCUGCUGCAGUCCCAGACCCACGCACACCCCAACGUGGUGAGUGCACAUUGCGCAUUGAGUGA